GUAUGCGGAUUGAAAUGGUCCCCUGAUAACCAAUAUUUGGCCUCUGGUGGCAACGACAAUCGUCUUCUUGUCUGGAGUCUACAUCAUUCUCUCUCGAAUUCUGCUGUCUCUCACUUUUCCACCACAUCCGACCAGCCAACCUCAGGAAGCUCAGCAUUGGAAUCAGGCCAUGGAGGCCCUAUGCUUUGCUAUUUAGAUCAUAUUGCCGCAGUCAAAGCGAUUGCAUGGUCGCCGCAUCAACACGGCCUUCUCGCUAGUGGUGGUGGCACUGCCGACAGAUGCAUUCGAUUCUGGAACACAUUGACCGGCCAAGCUCUCCGUGGAGUCGACACCGGCAGCCAGGUUACAUUCCUUUUUAUUAUUCCCUAUAUAUCAUCUAAGUACAAGGUUAUUGUUGACCACAAAACAGGUGGCUAG